AUGCGUGAAAUCAUCAGUCUUCAGCUCGGUCAGCUGAGUAACUAUACAGCCACUCACUUCUGGAAUGCCCAGGAGUCAUACUUUACAUACUCGGCCGAUGCAAAGUCACCCAUAGAUCACAAUGUUCAUUGGCGGGCCGGUCUAGGCGCUGACGGCUCAGAAACAUUUCUCCCCAGAACAGUUAUAUACGACCUCAAAGGCGGGUUUGGCUCUUUACGCAAGAUUAAUGCACUGUAUGAAGCCGAGGCCGAGCCAGAUCCUGUAGAAUUAUGGUCAGGUCAAUCAGUCGUUCACAAACAGGCACCCAUUAAUCCAAGCGAGUACCAGCAGAGCCUCGAUGCAGGCACUGAACCGGCACAACUAACAACCUCGAAUGUGAGAUACUGGUCCGAUUUCUCACGAGUCUACUUCCAUCCACGUUCACUGGUCCAGCUCUAUGACUUUGAGCUCAACUCGACAACCAUGCCCUUUGAGCGUUUCUCAAUGGGCACAGAGCUCUUCUCGAUGCUCGACAAGGAGCACGAUCUUGUGGAUAGAGACUUCAGGCCCUUUGCAGAAGAGUGUGACAGGAUGCAGGGAAUACAGGUCUUUACCACUAUCGAUGAUGCUUGGGGUGGUUAUGCAUCCACAUAUCUCGAGUCCUUGAGGGAUGAGUUCCCAAAGACAACCAUAUGGAUCUGGGGUCUUCAGAGCCCCUUGCUUGAUAUUCCCAGAUCAAAGCGCCAACUACGCCUUGCGAACAUUGCCCACAGCAUCGAACGGCUCUGCACGCAGGCCACGACAGUUGUUCCUAUGGCUUUACCCGAAGAGGACCUUUCAGCUGGCAUAUCGUUGGAUCGUCGCUCACCCUGGCACACGUCUGCUGUCAUGGCUGCAGCUAUCGAAACAGCCACCUUGCCCACACGUCUGGUACAAGGCUCUUCGGAGCAGCCAAGUUCUCUAGACGACCUAGCCGAGAGUCUGAACGUCAAUGGCAAUCAGCCCCUGGCCAGCAUCAACAUGUCAUUGGCAUCUGAGAAAGACUCAUCGGAAGACAGCCGCAUCAAUGUCGACUUCUUCCAAAUAGGACGCACUUGGAGUCGACAUCGUAUUGCUAGGUCGGAUGCCCAUAAGCAUGUCUUCGGUGAACUCCGAUCUUAUCGAGACUUGGACCCCCUUGGAAACGUUGAUAAAGACGCUCCUGGACAUCUUGCUCCAGGUGAACGCCCCAUAAUAGGCAAUUCUGUUGUGCGCAGAUAUGAUUCAUCCCUCAGAUUCCCGUUACUGGACGCCUACCCUCAGAUCUAUCCUCAUCUCAGUAGCCAUCCUGAUGCCAGCAUGCAAACCACACUCUCCACAAACAGCUCACUGGUGCAACGGAUCAGAAAUUUGCGGUCAGACUCUGCUCGACUUGUGCCAGUCAACGAAAGAGAGGAUCUUGGUAACGGAUUGGCAGAACUGGCGGAUGCCUACCAAGAAGGCUGGCUCAGUGGCAGCGACGAUGAUGACGACGACCUAUGA